UUUGUCAACCAUCUGACUCAAAAUAUUCAAUAAUUUUUUCCUUUCUCUAAAUGAUUCAUCUGCCCCAAUUUUUUUCAGAUUAAGUUGUAAAAGCAUUUUCAUUUGUAUUUUUGAACAAAAACAAAAUUUUUUAAGCUUUAAAUAAAUAAAAAAUUUUAUUUUAAUAUCCAAAACAUUUUAAUUGAAAAAUGGUUAAGGAUAGACUGCAAGAGUUGCACAAGGCUCGUCCUUCACUCCGUUCACCGACUGAAUUGUCUGUUUCCGGCUUAACAAACAAUUUACAACUCGGCAACAAUGAUUACUUUCUUCAACAAAUUGCCCAAAUGAAUUCAUGUUUGGAUGAAAUUGAUUGUCUUAUUAAACAAAUGCUGCAAGUUCAACAAACUAUACUUUGCCGAACAAUUGCAGAACCGCAAGACAAACAACAAUUAGAUUUUAUUAUUAAUCAAUUUCGCAAACUUGUAGGAGAAUUGAGAACAAAUUUGCAAAAACUUGAAUUUGAACAACAACAAGAAAAAAGUUUAAAUUUGACUAGUAAUGCUACACAAAGAAUUAAUUUAAAUCAAGUUGAACAACUUAAACGAAGAUUUUGUCAAAUACUCGAAACUUUUCAAAAAUCGAGAGAAGAUUAUCGACAACGAGUAACUAAAAGAGUUAAAAGACAAUUAGAACUUGCUGGAGAGCCGUUGAACCAGGAAGAUGUAGAACACUUAUUGGAGGAAAAAUCUGAACAAAUUUUUUAUCGAAAUAUUAACCCAAUGAAUGUGGCUGCUCAUUUGGCUUUAGAAGAAGCAUCUGACAGACAUAAUGAAUUGGUAAAAUUAGAAAAGAGUAUUGGGGAAUUAAACGAGUGUUUUGGUGAUAUGUUAGCUUUGGUACAUUCGCAAGGUACAAUAGUGGAUAGAGUCGACAAAAAUGUACAGUCAGCAUUGGAAUAUACUAAUCAAGCUCGAAAACAAAUGAACAAAGCUGUAACCUAUAAAAAAUCGUCAAACCGACUUAAAUGUGCAAUUGUUUUAUUACUUGGGGGGAUUGUUCUUAUUUUGAUUCUUUUAUUGCUUAUUUCCUUUAAAUUAUUUUUGCCCAAUUUAACUACACAUUAA